AUGUCGACAUCAUUGAAAAAAAUUGCCAUUGUUGGAUCAGGUAAUUGGGGAAGUGCAAUUGCUGCUCAUAUUGGUGACAAAGUUCUUCAAUUAGACACUGAAUAUGAUCCACAAAUUUUAAUGUGGUGUAAAGAAGAAAUUUUAGAUGAUGGAAGUAAAUUAACUGAAGUAAUUAAUACAAAACAUGAAAAUGUUAAAUAUUUACCAAAUAAAAACAUUCCGAAAAAUGUUAUUGCUACAUCUGAUCUUAGUGAAUCAGUUAAAGAUGCUGAUAUAUUAAUAUUUGUUAUACCACAUCAAUUUGUUAAAACUACUUGUGAAGAAUUAAAAAAUCAAAUCAAAUCAAGUGCAUUCGCUUUAACAUUAAUUAAAGGAUUUUAUGUUGAUGAAAAAACCAAUGAGCUUUUACUUGUUUCAGAAGUUAUUAAAAAUACGUUAAAUAUUCCAUGUCUUAGUAUGAUGGGAGCUAAUAUUGCAAAAGAAGUAGCUGAUAAAAUCUUUUGUGAAGCUACAAUUGGUUCUCGUGAUGAAGAACAUAAUGAUACUGUUCGACAAUUAAUCGAUCGACCUUAUUUUCGUAUACGUUUUUAUCCAGAUAUUGAAAUUAUUGAAAUACUUGGUGCUUUAAAAAAUGUGAUCGCUAUGUGUGCUGGUUUUGUUGAUGGUUUAAAAGCUGGUUUUAAUACUCGAGCUGCUGUUCUUCGAUUAGGUUUUCGUGAAAUGAUUAAUUUUUGUCGUUUAUAUAAAAAAGAAUCAACAACAGAUAUAUAUCUAGAAUCAUGUGGUAUUGCUGAUUUAAUUGCAUCAGCAUUAGGUGGAAGAAAUUAUAAUGGAGCAAAAAAAAUGGCUGAAACAAAUAGAUCAUUAGAAGAUAUUGAAAAAAAAGAUCUCAAUGGACAAUCAUUACAAGGUCCGGGAACUGCAAAAGAAGCAUAUCGUUUUCUUGAAGGAAAAAAUCUAUUAGAUCAAUUUCCAUUAUUUCGUGAUGCGUAUCUUAUUUGUGAAAAGAAAAUUGAACCGAAAAAAUUAUUAGACAAUUUAUCGAAUCAUCCUGAAUACAGUCAAAAACAACAAUAA